AUGCUAAAACGUCAUGAUGGCAAAGAGAGUGAUGGCAAAAUGAGUUUUCAUGGUUUGAAUGGUUUGCAUGCUUCUACUUUUCCAGUUUAUUCUGCAUUCAAAUCUAACAUGUCUGGUAAAACAAAAGGCAUUAAUGUUAUUAUUGAUUCUAAGGUUAAGAAAGAAGUUGAAGGUGGUGUUGGGAAUUUUGUUGAACUUCUUAAUUUUAGAGUGCGUGCUGGGGACAAGGUGUUAGAGGACCAUCUGAAUUCAUGUGGUAGGAAUCAGACAUAUAUUUCUAAAACUUCCCAGAACAAGCUUAUUAAAUGCUGUGGUGAAGUAAUAACAGAUAAAAUCAUUUCUGACUUAAAAGCAAGCAGGUUCUACUCUGUAAUUGCUGAUGAGGCUCGAGACAUCUCAAAUACUGAACAGAUGUCUCUUGUUUUAUGCUUUAUCGACCAAAAUAUGGAUAUUAGGGAGGAGUUUGUUGGAUUUCUUCCUUGUAAAUGGGGCUUAAAAGGUGAGCAGCUUGCUAAGGUUGUUCUUGAUGCUUUAGGCAACCUUGGUCUUUCUAUUGCUGAUUGUAGAGGACAGGGAUAUGAUGGGGCAGGUGCUGUUGCUGGUCAUAUUAAUGGGAUGGCUGCUCAUUUGCGUCGUUUGAAUGAUAAGGCUCUUUUUACCCAUUGCUACAGCCACAGAUUAAAUUUAGCGAUUUGUGAGUCUAUUAAUAUAAUGGAUGUAAAAUCGAUGCUCAAUAGAGUUAAAAAAGUUUCUGAUUUUUUUAAUAUUUCCCCUACACGACAAAUACCUUUAGAAAAGAAUAUUGACCUUCAUGGUUCUUUAUCAGCCGGUAGGAAAAAGAAAUUAAUAGAUGUGUGUCGAACUAGGUGGGUUGAGAGAAUCGACGGCUUAGAUACUUUCCAGCAGCUUCUUAUUCCUGUUUUAAAACGUUGA